AUGAUCAUAAUUUUGUUGUCAGCGUUGAUAGUUUUUGUUGGACCGGUUCGUGGACUCACGUGUUACAAUUGUAUGAACUAUGCUGGCUGCACCAACACUUUCGAGUGUACAACUUCUUUCUGUACAAUUUAUUUUGCAGAGUCACUUUUUUCAUCUGGUUGCACUGAUACUCAAAAAUCUAAUGAUUGUACUAUGCUGGAAUCUGUUCAAGAAUGCACAUGCAAUACUCCAAGAUGCAACACGAUCACACCAAGACCAUCAACAGUUACGACAACGACUGCCAUCACGAGCACUUCAGCAGGAGUGACAGCUGCACAAACGUCACCAACAACAGCCAUUUCAUCAAAAGCAUCUGCUGAAUCUCUGUCUACUGCAUACAUCAUUCUUCUGGUUGCCGUCAACGCUAUCAUUCUCGGAAGUUGCGGUUUGAUUGCUUGUUGUGUCUACAAAAACAGAGAGAGACUUGGUCAACUUGAUUCGAACUGUGAAGACGAUAAAGAAAAUUAA